AUGGGCACACCGGGUAUGCUUUCGAGUUCGUCAACCACAACACCUGGUGUAGUUAGUAGCCAAGCCUCGUUCGAGAUGGACGCUAUGAGGGCACGCAUUGCCGAAUUGGAAGACAAGUUGUCGCGAACGGGAAGCACUACUAGCUCUGUCUUCUCGCCGUCAGCUUCCACUCCAACGUCAACUCAUACCGUGCAAACUGUCAGCAGUUUUGCCUGUACAGUCGACGUCAUCCAGGAUACUCGGAUGCCUGGUGGUGCCGCUAUCUCUCGAGGCAUUGCGCAUAAGAAUCGGGUUUUUGGCCAGAGUCACUGGAUGAAUGGGUUCAUAAUGUACCGCGAUAUCAUCGAGAUGAUGGAGCCUCGCCUCCGCAUGAGAUCAUCCAACCUAGUCCCCAACAUGCAACGAGUUAAGUCACUGGCCCGGAUGGUCAAGUCACACCGCUCUCCAACUUGGCCUACGCCUCCAACGCGGGACUUUCCCCCAAGACACGUCUGCGACGAUCUAGUUGCUGGCUACCUCCGCACCAUCGAGACAAUGUAUCGCGUGCUACACGUCCCAAGCUUCAAGCGCACGUAUGAACACAUGUGGACAAGCGACUCAGAGCCUAACAUGGCAUUCAUAAUGGUGCUCAAAUUGGUCCUGGCUAUUGGUGCAAUGAUAUACGAUGACAAAGUAUCCAUGCGAGCCGAAGCAGUGCGAUGGGUUUUCGAGGCUCAGACUUGGCUCUCAUCGCCCUUCUUCAAAUCGCAACUUGGUGUUCAAUAUCUCCAGAUCAGCAUCCUUCUUCUCCUUGCACGAGAGCUUGUCGAUGUAGGCUCUGAGCUAGUAUGGAUAUCUGCAGGAGCGGUCUUUCGAGCAGCAGUAUACAUUGGUUUACACAAAGAUCCGUCACAACUGCCGAGAACAACGGUCCUUGAAGCUGAGAUGCGCCGACGGAUAUGGAACACGAUUCUCGAGCUGUCGCUUCAGAUGAGCAUGGAGUCAGGUGGACCGCCGUUCUUCUCGUCGGACGACUACAACACAGCGCCACCAGGCAACUUUGAUGAUGAGCAACUUCUAGGCUUAGAGCCCUUCGCAAAGGCAGACGAUGUGUAUACGCAAACAUCGAUCUCCAUAGCUUUACGGAAAACCCUCCCAGCUCGCCUUGUGGUACUCAAAUUUCUCAACGAUAUCAAAUCGACGGGGACGUAUGAGGAGACGCUUCGCAUCGACUCAGACCUGAGAACAGCACAUAAGCUCCUGCGUCGCACCAUUCAAGCAUACGCCACCUCUACCACCUCUACCACCUCGUGCCCAUCGCAAUUUACAUUGCAAGCUGUCGAAUUUGUUAUGCAGCGCUACAUUACCUGUCUACAUGUUCCAUUCUUCGCUUCCGCACUCCAAGAUCCGGUGUACGCCUAUUCGAGGAAAGCUACCGUCGACUCGUCGCUAAAAAUCUGGAGCAUGGCGUGUCCAGCUUCAGAUGAAAACUCGUAUACUUCAGGUGAGACAGACCUAGCGCGAAUGUGUCGAUGCACAGCGGGUUUCUUUCGAAUGUACACCUUCCACGGAGCAACAUUCUUGGCCAAUGAAGUAAGAAUACGGAUUCAAGAAGACGAGGACGACCUACAUGCGUCACCACUACCUCUACGAAACAUUGUUGGCGAUGCUACGGAUUGGUAUCUCCGAUGCAUACAAGCCGGAGAGACAGGUAUCAAGGGCUACCUUCUCUUGCGCCUCAUUGGCGUUUGGAUUGACGCGACAAAACAUAACGUGAGCCAGUCGGAUUUGUCUGUAUUAUUGGUGGAAGCGUCAGAACAAGCUGCCGAGGUUUGCAUACCGAUCUUGGAGGCCCUGGCUGGAAGUCGAGAGCCGUCUUCGGGUACUGUUGGAAUUGGCGGAAUUGCUAUGGAGGAUUUCAACUUUCAAUUAUCCCCCGAGUUCACGGAGGACUGGGAUAUGCUCAUGUCAGGCACUUUCAAUAUGGACGACAUACGGAGUUUCGACGCAUUCUUAUCGUGA